AUGGCCCUUCAGGACGUGUGCAAAUGGCAGGCCCCCAACACCCGGGGACCGUCCGUUCACUUGCCUCAAGCUGGUGGUUGGGCUGUGCCCCGGGGCUGUGACCCUCAAACCUUCCUGGAGACCUAUGGCCCCAGGCUGGCUCAUGGCACCACCACCCUGGCCUUUCGCUUCCGUCAUGGCGUCAUCGCCGCAGCUGACACUCGUUCCUCCUGUGGCAGCUAUGUGGCAUGUCCAGCCUCACGAAAGGUCAUCCCCGUGCACCGGCACCUCCUGGGUACCACCUCCGGAACCUCCGCCGACUGCGUCACGUGGUAUCGGGUGCUACGGCGGGAGCUGCGGCUUCGGGAGCUGAGGGAAGGUAAGCUCCCCAGUGUGGCUGGCGCAGCCAAACUCUUGUCAGCCAUGAUGUCCCGUUACCGGGGUCUGGAUCUGUGUGUGGCCACUGCCCUGUGUGGCUGGGACCACUCCGGCCCUGCUCUCUUCUAUGUCUAUAGUGAUGGCACUUGUCUGCAGGGGGACAUCUUCUCUGUGGGCUCUGGAUCUCCGUAUGCCUAUGGGGUACUUGACCGUAGCUACCGCUAUGACAUGACCGUCCAGGAAGCCUACACCCUGGCCCGCUGUGCUGUGACCCAUGCCACCCACCGGGAUGCUUAUUCAGGGGGCUCCGUGGACCUUUUCCACGUUAGAGAGAGCGGAUGGGAGUACGUGUCCCGCAGCGAUGCCUACGCGCUGUAUAUGGAGUUGCAGACAGCCCGGGGCUUGGAGCAAGAGCUGGAGGCCAAAGCUGGUGAGGUCCUUCCCGAGCCCGCCACUCCACAAGAUGCGCAGGGAGGCAGAGAACUCUUCGUGGAGCCAGAGGAGGUGACACCGGAAGACGGCAGGGUGAUGGCGAAGACUGAAGCGAUGUGAGAAAGGACAGAACUUGGGGGACCUGGACAAGGGGGGGAAGUCAGGGAACGAGGCCGCCCUGGCAGGGCGAGCUCUGGGAGCAGCCUCAUGGCGUCUGGCUCCGGCCCUUCUGGGUUGCCUGCUUUAUUUGUGGAAGUCCUGUCCUUUCUGCCUCCCAGAGCCGUGGAUGUCUCUGUCAACACAUUCUGAUGAUGCGCAAUA